UUUUUAUUAAUUAACUGCAAUUUAGUGAUUAUAUAAUUAUCAUUACAAUUGUUGUGUUAAAUGUCGUGGAGUACUAACUAUACCAAAGUGGAAGUGGUUCAGCCACAGACUUCUUCCGGAUCUAUUAAAGCACAAAUAGAGAUAAUUCCGUGUAAAGUAUGCGGUGAUAAGUCAUCGGGGGUUCACUACGGAGUGAUAACAUGUGAAGGCUGUAAGGGCUUUUUUAGACGAAGUCAGUCGAGUGUUGUUAACUACCAGUGCCCGCGACAGAAGAACUGUGUGGUCGAUAGAGUUAAUAGAAAUAGAUGUCAAUAUUGCAGAUUACAAAAGUGUUUGGCACUGGGGAUGUCUAGAGAUGCUGUCAAAUUUGGUCGGAUGUCAAAAAAGCAAAGAGAAAAGGUAGAGGACGAGGUCCGGUUCCAUAGAGCACAGAUGGUUCGUACACCGGGACAAACAAAUGGUGGACAACCACCCACACCGACCACCGCUCCAUCCACUUAUCCAUCGCAGACAUCAUCCGAAACGUCUCCCGAUAGCUCUGUAUUGGAACAACAACCACAACAACCGUCCUCAUCGAGCCAACUGACCUACAAUACCAUCACCAAUGGGUACACUCCAUACAACAACGGUGACCUCAAUGUAUAUACAGAAAAGUAUACGCCCUCUGUAUAUGCUUAUACACCGCAAGGAAUGGCCACCUUUGACCUGUCGGCCACCACUAAUGACUUUGUGGACAGUACUACAUUUGAACAACAGAGACAACCCAUCGACUCCCUGCCCGACACUAACGGUCUCUUAUCGACCACAAUCUCGCCCAACGCUAUCAUUAAUAAUUCACAUUUAGAACUAUUGGCCAAAACGGUAACCGAAGCCCACACGCGGACAUGUCUUUAUACAACCGAACAAAUAGUAGAUAUGAUGCGCAAACCCAACGACGCCAAUAGGGUUUUGUAUUUUAAAAAUCUGUCUCACGAAGAGUUAUGGAUUGAAUGUGCGUCAAGACUGACAAAUGUGAUCCAACAGAUCAUAGAGUUCGCUAAAAUGGUUCCCGGAUUCAUGAAGUUGUCUCAAGACGACCAAAUUGUUCUCCUCAAAGCCGGAAGUUUUGAACUCUGCUGUCUUCGGAUGAGUCGAUACUUUGAUUUAUCCACAAAACAGGUGCUAUUUGGUGACGGACUGAUGCCAAGGGAUGCAUUCCUUUCACAAGCUGACAUAACUGAAUCAAAAUUAGUGAACCAAUCCUUUGAUUUGGCAGAAAGUAUAGCAGAUAUGAAACUAACAGAAUCAGAGUUAGCCCUGUUCUCAGCCUAUGCCUUAAUAUCUCCCGACCGUCACGGCUUGAAAGGCAUUGUCGACAUUCAACGUCUUAAUCAAGCGAUACUCAAAGCGCUGAGGUUUGAGUUAAGUCGAACUCAUAUAAAGCCAUUCAAAGGAGACGUCAGUGUAUUUGAUGCCCUGAUCAACAAAAUCCCGUUACUUCGGGAACUAAAUAUACUUCAUAUGGAAACCCUCUCCAAAUUCCGACGCGCCUCACCUCACAUGGAGUUCCCACCCCUUCAUAAAGAGCUCUUUUCCAUCGAUAUUUAA